AUGAAGGUUCCAAUUGCAUUCGGCCUUUUGUGCCUCUUUAUCUCCCUCUUCCCUCCCUUCACUUCUCCUACAAUAUUAUUUCAGGGAUUCAACUGGGCAUCAAGUGAAAACGCAGGGUGGUAUAAUUCACUGAAGAACACCAUUCCUGAUCUUGCUAAAGUUGGGAUAACUCAUGUUUGGUUGCCUCCUCCUUCCCACUCCGCUGCAGAUCAAGGUUACUUGCCGGGAAGGUUGUAUGAUCUCAACGCAUCAAAAUAUGGAACACAGGAAGAGCUAAAAUCACUAAUCGCUGCUUUGCGCGAAAAAGGAAUCAAGGUCAUUGCUGACAUAGUGCUAAACCAUAGGUCAGCUGAGAAGCGAGACGAGAGAGGAAUAUUAUGCAUCUUUGAAGGUGGAACUUCAGAUGCACGUCUUGACUGGGGACCCUCAUUCAUCUGCAGGGACGACACCGAGUUCUCCGAUGGCACCGGGAACCUUGACACGGGUGACAGCUGGGGAGAAGUACCCGACAUCGACCACCUUAAUCCACAGGUGCAAAGAGAGCUAUCAGAAUGGAUGAAUUGGUUGAAGACCGAAAUCGGAUUUGUUGGAUGGAGAUUCGACAUGGUGAGGGGAUAUGCUCCUAACAUCACCAAAAUCUACAUGGAACAGACAUCGCCAGAAUUUGCAGUUGGAGAGAAAUGGGAUCGCCAAGAAUUCGCAGUUGGAGAGGAUGGUAAACCUAAUGCUAAUCAGGAUUACCAUCGCGGUUUGUUGGUUAAUUGGGUGGAAGCUGCUGGUGGUUCUGUCACUGCAUUUGACUUCACUACAAAGGGAAUUCUACAAGCUGCUGUCGAAGGAGAGCUAUGGCGAUUAAAGGACUCGAACGGAAAGCCUCCGGGAUUGAUUGGUAUAAAGCCAGAAAGUGCAGUGACGUUUAUUGAUAAUCAUGAUACUUGGUCCCAAAAGCUUUGGCCUUUCCCGGAAGACAAAAUCAUGCUUGGAUAUGUUUACAUCUUAACUCACCCUGGAAUCCCAACAAUUUUCUAUGAUCACCUUUUCAUUAAGCGGGAGCUUAUGGCGCCGAUAAGCAAUGUAACCGCAAUUAGGAAUCGACAUGGCAUUAAUAGUAGAAGCGUUGUGAACAUAUUAGCCGCCGAAGCAGACCUUUAUAUGUCAAGAAUUGAUGAAAAGAUUAUUAUGAAGAUUGGACCAAAAACGGAUUUGGGAAAUCUUCUUCCUUCGGAUUACCAGGUUGCUUACAGUGGACAAGAUUUUGCCGUGUGGGAGAAAAAGUGACUGGUUAGAAAAGCUCAAUCUGUUUGGGUGUUAACUAAAGCAAUAAAUAAAUAAAUAAAUAAACAAUAAAUCUGUACUAUGCAUGCUAUAGUAAAAGCCAUUACUUAUUUGAGUUAGCAGUAAGUUUCCUCCUCCUUACUUUAGAAGU